AUGCUAUUUUUGUUUCCUGGUCAUCACCUCCAGCACAUGGACCUAGGGAAUGGUACACAAAUUUCAGACUUUCUUCUUCUGGGAUUAUCAAAGGAACCAGAACUGCAGCCCCUCCUAUUUGGGCUUUUCCUCUCCAUGUACCUGAUUACUGUGUUUGGAAACCUGCUCAUCAUCCUGGCUGUCAUCUCAGACCCCCACCUCCACACCCCCAUGUACUUCUUCCUCUCCAACCUGUCCUUUGUAGACAUCUGUUUCACCUCUACCACCAUCCCAAAGAUGCUGCUGAAUAUACAGACGGAGAACAAAGUUAUAACUUAUGAAGGCUGCAUCACCCAGAUAUACUUUUUCCUACUCUUUGCUGCACUGGAAAACUUUCUUCUAACUGUGAUGGCCUAUGACCGCUUCGUGGCCAUCUGUCACCCCCUGCACUACACAGUCAUCAUGAACUCCCGGCUCUGUGGACUGCUGGUGCUGGUGUCCUGGGUAAUAAGUGCCCUGAAUUCCUUAACCCAAAGCUUAAUGGUGCUGAGACUGUCCUUUUGUGCAGAUCUGGAAAUCCCCCACUUCUUCUGUGAAAUUAAUCAGGUGGUUCGACUUGCCUGUUCUGACACCUUUCUUAAUGACACGGUGAUGUAUUCUGCGGCUGGGAUGCUGGGUGGUGCCUCCCUCACUGGGAUUCUUUACUCAUACGCUAAGAUAGUUUCCUCUUUACUAGGAAUCUCAUCACCUCAGGGGAAGUAUAAAGCAUUUUCCACCUGCAUGUCUCACCUCUCAGUCGUGUCCUUAUUUUAUUGUACAAUCUUAGGAGUGUACCUUAGCUCUACAGGUACCUACAGCUCACACUCAAGUGCAAUCGCCUCGGUGAUGUACACUGUGGUCACACCCAUGCUGAACCCCUUCAUCUACAGUCUGAGGAACAAAGACAUAAAGAGGGCUCUGAAAAGAUUCAUUGAGAUGGCAGCUAUAUAA